CAUGUUGUGGAUAUUCGGAUUCGCUCUGUUUCUGGUUUUGCUGUGGGUUGAUACGAUUAAGCCCUCAAAAUAUCCGCCAGGUCCAAGAUGGAUUCCUUGGUUCGGAAACACGUUCAUAUUGCGAAUGCUCGCUCGAAAGUACGGCGGUCAGCACGGAGUGUUCGAUUACCUUUCCCAAAAGUACAACUCUGCGGUGAUUGGCUUUCGAAUGGGGAGGGAACGUGGCGUGGCGAUUCGUGGCUACACCCUGGCCAGGCAAGCCCUGAUCAGUGAAGAUCUUCAGGGAAGGCCGGACAACUAUUUCGCUCGGUUAAGGACUGGUGGUAAAAGGUUGGGAGUGACCUUCGUUGAUGGUGACCACGGGGAGGAACAGAGAAACUUUGUCGUGCGAACAUUGAAGGAGUUGGGCAUGGGAAGAUCCCGAAUGAAUGACUUAAUACAGCGUGAGUUGCACGAGCUGAUUCAGAUCAUCGACGAGACUACUGGGCCGAUUCAACCGAAUCGUCUGCUACAACUAAGUGUUAUUAACGUUCUAUGGACGCUUGCCACUGGAGAACGAAUCGAGCGGCAUGACGAUCACCUACAAAGUCUGCUGGAUGUUUUGAAGAAACGGUCCACAAUGUUCGACAUAGCCGGAGGUCUACUUAACCAGAUGCCAUGGUUGCGAUUUGUAGCCCCUAAUUGGAGUGGAUAUAACAUCGUGGUCGACUUCAACUGGCAGUUGAUCUCGUUUUUCUCAAACACCAUUCAGAAGCAUAACGAAUCCUACACCGAUGAAGUAUCCUCCAACGAUUUGAUCUUUGCCUACAUGAGAGAAACCCGGAAGCAUAGCACUAAUCCUAAUUCCAACUUUACCGAAGACCAAAUGAUCAUGACCAUUCUGGACUUGUUCAUAGCUGGAGCUAACAAUACCAGUACCAUCGUAGAUCUGCUUCUAAUCAUGAUGGUAAACAGACCAGAUAUUCAAGCCAAAGUUCACCAAGAAAUCGACCAGCAUAGCGAUCCUAUCCGAUGGACCGAUCAUUCUCAGCUUCCAUACGUAGAAGCAGUUAUCAUGGAGGUUCAACGGUUCUUCCACACCGCAGCCAUCAGUGGACCUCGACGAGCCAUCCGAGAUUGUGAGCUUGGCGGAUACCGGAUUCCUAAGGAUACGUCGAUAUUUGUGGACUUGAAAAGUGUUCACAUGGAUGCAGAUUACUGGAAUGAUCCCGAAGUGUUCCGACCAGAAAGAUUCUUGGGUGAAGAUGGAACUCUCGCCAACACUGAACGACUUUUAUCGUUUAGUUUAGGGAAGCGAAGGUGUUUGGGAGAAGCUCUAGCGCGGGCUUGUAUUUUCAACUAUUUUGCAGGGAUUUUGCAACAGUUUACGGUUGAGCUGCCUGAUGGAGAGGAUAUAAUGCCAUCGCUGGAACUUACGCCAGGAAUCAGUUAUAUGCCAAAACCUUAUAAAGUGAUCUUCAAACGCAAAUAUACUCAAACGAGUCACUUAACUUAA